GUCCACUCCGCGAGCUCCGGCCCCUCGCCCGCGCCUUCCGCCGCUCUACACCGCCACCAGUUCGCCAUGGAUGACGAUAUCGCUGCGCUCGUGGUCGACAAUGGUUCCGGCAUGUGCAAGGCCGGCUUCGCGGGCGACGAUGCCCCUCGGGCCGUCUUCCCUUCCAUUGUGGGGCGCCCCCGACACCAGGGUGUGAUGGUGGGCAUGGGCCAGAAGGACUCCUACGUGGGUGAUGAGGCCCAGAGCAAGAGGGGCAUUCUGACCCUGAAGUAUCCCAUCGAGCACGGCAUUGUCACCAAUUGGGAUGACAUGGAGAAGAUCUGGCACCACACUUUCUACAAUGAACUGCGUGUGGCCCCUGAGGAGCACCCUGUGUUGCUGACUGAGGCCCCCCUGAACCCCAAGGCCAACCGUGAGAAGAUGACCCAGAUCAUGUUUGAGACCUUCAACACUCCAGCCAUGUACGUGGCCAUCCAGGCUGUGCUGUCCCUGUACGCCUCUGGCCGUACCACUGGUAUCGUGAUGGACUCCGGUGACGGGGUCACCCACACUGUGCCCAUCUACGAGGGGUAUGCCCUCCCCCACGCCAUCCUGCGUCUGGACCUGGCUGGCCGGGACCUGACGGACUACCUCAUGAAGAUCCUCACGGAGCGUGGCUACAGCUUCACCACCACGGCUGAACGGGAAAUCGUACGUGACAUCAAGGAGAAGCUCUGUUACGUUGCCCUGGACUUCGAGCAAGAGAUGGCCACUGCAGCGUCGAGCUCUUCUCUGGAGAAGAGCUACGAGCUGCCUGAUGGUCAGGUCAUCACCAUUGGCAAUGAGCGAUUCCGCUGCCCCGAGGCGCUCUUCCAGCCCUCUUUCCUGGGCAUGGAAUCCUGUGGCAUCCAUGAAACUACCUUCAACUCAAUCAUGAAGUGUGAUGUUGACAUCCGUAAGGACCUCUAUGCCAACACAGUGCUGUCUGGUGGGACCACCAUGUACCCUGGCAUUGCUGACAGAAUGCAGAAGGAGAUCACUGCCCUUGCUCCCAGCACGAUGAAGAUUAAGAUCAUCGCGCCCCCUGAGCGCAAAUACUCUGUGUGGAUCGGUGGCUCCAUCCUGGCCUCGCUGUCCACCUUCCAGCAGAUGUGGAUCAGCAAGCAGGAGUACGAUGAGUCUGGUCCUUCCAUUGUCCACCGCAAAUGCUUCUAGGCGGACUGUUACUUAGUUGCGUUACACCCUUUCUUGAGAAAACCUAACUUGCAGCAGAAAACAAGAUGAAAUUGGCAUGGCUUUAUUUGUUUUUUGCUUUUCGGUUUGUUUUUUUUUUUUUUUUUUUUUUUUUAAUGAAUUUUGUUCUGGCGCUUGACUCAGGAUUUCAAAACUGGAAUGGUGAGGGUGACAGCAUACCCUGAUGAUAAUGAUAAGAACAUCCCUCCAAGUUCUACAAUGUGGCUGAGGACUUUGAUUGUAUAGUUUUUUUUUAAAGUCAUUCCAAAUAUCCUUGAUACAUUGUUACAAGAAGUCCCUUGCCUUCCUAGAGGCUUCCCCAGUUGUACCUAAACAGGGCCAGUCCUCACCCAAGUCCAUGCAUCAGGAGGCUGGUAUGGCAUUGCUUUUGUGUAAAUUAUGUAACCCAAAUUUUUUUUAAUCUUCGCCUUAAUACUUGUUGUUUUGUUUUUAUUUUGGAUGGUCAAUCAUCCUGGCCCCUUUUGUCCCCCUGGCCCCUUUUAUAGCCUCUUUAGGAAGUGUGAGGUGCGGAGGCAGCCAGGGCUUACCUGUACACUGACUUGAGACCAUUGAGACCAGUUCAAUAAAGUGCACAUAAAGAAAUGAGGCAUGGCUUUUGAGGCAUUGUUGGGUU